GCCGCCUCGCAGGAUUUACCGCCGCCCGGCGCCAUGGACGAGAAGUACCUGCCCGAGCUCAUGGCGGAGAAGGACUCGCUCGACCCGUCCUUCACACACGCGCUGCGCCUCGUCAGCCAAGAAAUUGAAAAAUUCCAAAAAGGGGAAGGGAAGGAAGAAGAAAAAUAUAUUGAUGUAGUCAUCAAUAAAAAUAUGAAGUUGGGACAGAAAGUUUUGAUUCCAGUAAAACAGUUUCCGAAGUUCAACUUUGUGGGAAAACUUUUGGGGCCCCGUGGCAACUCUCUAAAGCGCUUACAGGAAGAAACGCUGACCAAAAUGUCUAUCUUGGGAAAAGGUUCUAUGAGGGACAAGACAAAGGAAGAAGAAUUGAGAAAAAGUGGUGAGGCAAAGUACUUCCACCUAAACGAUGACUUGCAUGUUUUAAUUGAAGUCUUUGCACCACCAGCAGAAGCAUAUGCCAGAAUGGGACAUGCGUUGGAAGAAAUCAAGAAGUUCCUCAUCCCUGACUACAAUGAUGAAAUCAGACAGGCACAGCUUCAAGAAUUAACAUAUUUGAAUGGUGGUUCAGAAAAUGCAGAAGUUCCAGUUGUUCGAGGAAAGCCAUCUAUUCGAGCAAGAGGAGUGCCAGUUCCUGCUUUGUCCAGCAGGCUGUGUCUGGGAAGCUCACUGCUCACCCCUGCCCCCACUACAAUGAAGUCAAAUAAGCAGCUGGUACCCUGUGCUGAGGAGGCAUUCUACAGAUUAGCCAAAACCAAGGGACGUGGGGGAGUCCCUCCGCCACCAGCAGGAGUCCCCAGAGGGGCACCAGCACCGAGAGGAGUGCCACCCAGUAGAGGACCAGUUAGUCGCAGCCGUGGGCUGCUGGCCACCCGCACAAGAGGAGUUCCUCCACCUGCAGGAUAUCGGCCCCUUCCACCGCCUCCCGCGCAGGAGACCUACGGCGAAUACGAGUAUGAUGAUGGUUAUGGGACUGCAUAUGAUGAACAGAGUUAUGAUUCCUAUGAUAACAGCUAUAGCGCUCAAGCACAAAGUGGAGCAGAUUACUACGACUAUGGGCAUGGACUGAGUGAAGAUACAUACGACUCCUACGGGCAAGAAGAAUGGACCAACUCAAGACACAAGGCACCUUCAGCAAGGACAACAAAAGGAGUCUACAGAGACCAGCCAUAUGCCAGAUACUGAUUGUACUGUCUGAUGUUGUGAAAUAUCCAAUCUCCACCAGUCCUGUAUACUGUUCAAAGUAAUUUUUUCUAUGAACAAUCCCUUUUUAUUAAAUCAAAGUGCUUAAAAAUCUGAAUGGAUGGACUGAACUUAAAAUAUGUUGUUGAAAGGACAACUUGGACAGAAAGAUAUGUAAAACAAGGAAUUUUGUUAUUUCCAAACUGUAUUUGAAAAAUAGGCAAUCAAAAAAUAACCUUUGAUUAACUAGUGUUAAAAACUAGGUUUACUAAAUAUGUUAGUCCAUUCUUUUAACAUAAGCGUAACCUUUUAUUUUAAAGGUUUUCAACAGUUUAGUUUUUAGUUUUUAUUUUCAGCCAUUUGCUAGUUUUUCUCUUUGCAAAUAUGCGUAAAAAGGGAAGCAAAGUACAAAUGCAAAUAAUGUGGUAUUUUGUAACUCGAGUCUUGAAAUGUUCUGUAGUGUURAGCAAAGUUUUACCCUU